UAUUCCGCAAGUUCUCUCAUCAUAAACAACAAAAGCGAAGAUGCACGUACAAUACCACAACCAUGAGUGUUGUUUACCCGUCAAAGGACAUGAGAUGAUACUGCUCUGCAUCAGUAUUAAUGCUCAUCUGUAAUAUGUGCACAAUCUCAGAACUGGUUAAUGCACUUCCCGAAGCUGGCUCCACCUCUACAUACUGUAUGCAUGAAACAAUGUUCCUGUUGAAUUUGAUCCCUUUCUUUGUUUGGUGUUUUAACCGGCACACACGGAUCAACUCCACCACCUGCUUAGCCCCUCAGCUACAGGUGAUGUCAUAGUGAUAUCAUAUACUGAAUUGUGAUUGGUUCGUGUCGUAUCGCUUCCCAAGCGUUGGCACUACCUCCAGGUGUCACAAACCUGAAGACAACCCUUUUUUUUCUUUUGACUGAAACUGUAGGACACCAAAUUACAGAUUAUUUCUCUCUCUCUCUUUUAAUCAGUUAUUCUCUCUAGGUCACGAAUGGCAAACUCAAAUGGACAAUCGCUGUUGCGUCUGGGUGUAAUAGUGACCCUGGCAGGAGUCAUCUCUCUGGGGGUUGUGUUUUUCUGGUUCCCACCUUCAAAAAAUUGUCCACCUCCAGUUUUCAGACCAGACCAGAAUUUACAAAUCAACUCUGUGACUGAAAAAGCAGAGGAGAAACCUAUAGUUCUGUUAUGGGUGUGGCCUGAAAAUUAUAGGUUUGAUUUCAGUGACUGUAAAAAGUUUUACAAUAUUGAUAAUUGUCAUCUGACGGAUGAUAGAGCUCUCUACAACGACGCAGAUGAUGUCAUCGUUUAUCAUAGAAACAUCCAAUGGGAUCUCUCCAACCUUCCUCCAUCUCCUCGUCCUCCGUUCCAAAGGUGGCUUUGGUUGCAUCUAGAAUCACCAACCAACACCAAAAAGAUACCAGGUCUGGAAAACCUGUUCAAUCUCACUCUCAGCUACAGACAUGAUGCUGAUAUUCCUGUACGGAUGCGCUUGAUGACCAGGAAGAAACCUAAUGAGGAUUUUGUGAUUCCCAAAAAGGACAAACUGGUUUGUUGGAUUGUGAGUAACAAUGAUCCCUCAACUGGUGUUGACACAAGGAACGUUUUUUAUAGAGAAUUCAGCAAAUACAUAAAAGUGACUUUGUUCGGAAAGGCCUAUGCAAGGUUCCUGGAUUAUAAUGAUUACUAUCCAACAAUGGCCAGCUGUAAAUUUUACCUUGCCUUUGAAAACUCCAUCCACAAGGACUACAUCACUGAGAAGAUCAACGGGCCGCUCGCUGCGGGGACCGUCCCUGUGGUGUUGGGUCCUCCGAGAAGAAACUAUGAGAACUUUGUUCCUGCCGAGUCCUUCAUUCAUGUCAAUGACUUCCCAGAUGCAAAGUCACUAGCCGAAUAUCUGCAUCAUCUGGACAAGAAUGAAGAUGCAUAUCGCAAGUACUUUAACUGGAGGAAACAUCUCACUCCAAGUCCUCAUUUAAUACAACAGACACAGGAGUUUAUUCUUCCUAUCUGCACUGCUUGUGACUAUGUAGCGAGAUAUAAGCAUUAUAAAGAAGCUCAUGAUCUCUAUGAGUGGUACUUCAAUUAAACUUACCUCAGGUUUUCUUACAUUAUCAGUCACUGACUACAAUGUUUAUGAAAUAGAUUGUUUUAUAUGAUCUGUUACUUUUGAUAUGAGAUUUUUAUUGGAAGUUUUUUAAUAAAUCAUUGCUUAUGGAUGACCUAAUUAAGUGAAGAUGCUUGUACUUUUGUUUUAAUUUGUAUUCCAGCUCCAAGCUAACUCUUUUCGUAAUUGCUUGUGUUUUUUUAUUAAUUUGUAGAGAUCUCCUGAUAAAGUGAAAUGGUGAAGAAUUACAUGUAAAUACAAUAUUUAUGUGCUGCUUUAUUAAUAGCACCAGCUAAUAAUAAAUGCACAUAAUUCAUUAAUUUUGACAGAACUUUGGCAGAUUCAGGUGUGUUAGAUUUAGUUUGAACUAGAUUUUCUCCCUCUAGACAUGCUGGAUUAUCACUGUCAAGUAACCCGCAGACCUUGAUUAACUAGUUUAGGAGUGUGCUUAAAUGUUUCCUUUUUUCAUUUUGAGAGUUGUCUCUCAUAAUAUCCAGAAAAUCAGGCUUUAUGUCACUCAAGAGCAGGUGAUUUUCAUCAGCUAUUGAAGCUGUAAAGCUGUGAGCAUAUAGCUGUGAAGCAACGUUUGACUAUGAGUGAGAGAGCUGAAAGUAUGCUGUCAGCACAUUUGCUCACUCUUACGGACUAUUUCUUUUUCAUACAAAUAGUUACACUUAUCAGAAAUACUUUUAUACUUGCAUUUUUCCAAAAAGGCCUGCAGUCUUUCUCUUAAGUGUUGAAGAUUAAUUUGGUGUUUGGAAUGUAGAGUUCAGUGCAAACAAAUUCAAAUAAACUUUUAUAAAUAAAGCAAAUGUUUGCUGAGUGCAAUGUUUAGUUGACAUUCGAGCUAAUUAUUUUGUUGUUAUGCAACUGAGACAUUCACGUGUUUCUUGUCACGUCUCAGGUUUCCAUGUGUGUGUCAGUGUCUUCAUGAAGGAUGAUAGUUGAGCUCAAGCUCAUUUAAUAAUAAUAUUAAAUAGACAACAAAAUGUUGGAAGGGUAAACAUAUUUAAGUUGAACUCAUUUUAUUGCUAGGGCUUAGUUGAGAUGACAUAUAAAGUCUACACAAAUAUAUAUCAAAAAAAUUACAUGAAGGGUUAUUUUCAAUUCCAGUCAAAAGUGACUAAGUGAAUUAAAACAAAUCAAUAUUGAGAUAAUUCACAAAUGCACAAUCAUUGAAUAAGUGCUACACACUGUGUCUGAGGGAAAUUAACUGUUCAUGUUAAGGGAACGUGGUCUUUCAUUUUUUCAAAUCCAUAAAACACUUAAUGUCAAAAGCUGUGUUAUUAUAAUUAAUUUUAGGUUUAAUUUUGGCAUGUUGUAUGACAUUUUUGUGCUUCUGCUUAGUGAAAAGAUAGCAUGAAGAGAUUAUGUGGUCUUUCUUUAUAAGCCAUGUUGCUUAAUACGACUUACCAUAAUCUUUGAAACAUGUAGCCUAAUGUAAAGUUAACGUGGGCGUAUUAAAUGAGUUUUAGCAUGUGCAAACUUUUGCAGCUGUCCCAUGAAGUUAAAAGACAACAUUAAAUGUGGCUAACAAUCACAAACCAGCCACAUUACAAACGGUGUUUCUGCUCUCGUUUAUUCCAAAUGGAAAUGAACAACUGAAGGCUUUUAUCAAAGCAGGGUUUAAUGUCAGUACAUACAUUGCAUUUCUAUUUAUAUUCUGUAUAUACUCUGCUCAAUACUGUACAUAGCAACUCCACUGUAUAUUCUGUAAAUCAUAGCUUCACUUACUCUGCACAUAAUGACAAUAAAGUUGAAUCUAAUCUAAUCUAA